GCGCGCGGUCCCCUCCCGACGCCUCUCCGAGCUGUGCCGGCCUCUCGCCAGCCCUCUGCCUGCUCCCUGCUCCGGCCUCGCCUCCCCACGCCGCCACCAUGAGCCAGUCCUACUCCUCCAGCCAGCGGGUCUCUUCCUACCGCCGCACCUUCGGCGGCUCCCCGGUCUUCCCUCGUGCCUCCUUCGGGAGCAAGGGCAGCAGCGGCAGCUCCGUCACCUCCCGCGUCUACCAGGUGUCCCGCACCUCGGCCGUCCCCAGCCUGUCCACCUUCCGCACCACCCGCGUGACGCCCCUGCGCACCUACCAAAGUGCCUACCAGGGUUCUGGAGAGCUGCUGGACUUCAGCCUGGCUGAUGCCAUGAACCAGGAGUUCCUCCAGACCCGCACCAACGAGAAGGUGGAGCUGCAGGAGCUCAAUGACCGUUUCGCCAACUACAUCGAAAAGGUGCGCUUCCUGGAGCAGCAGAAUGCCCUCAUGGUGGCCGAGGUGAACCGCCUGCGGGGCAAGGAGCCCACGCGCGUGGCCGAGAUGUACGAGGAGGAGCUGCGGGAGCUCCGGCGCCAGAUCGACGUGCUCACCAGCCAGAGGGCUCGCGUGGAGGUUGAGCGUGACAACCUGCUCGAUGACCUGCAGAAGCUCAAGCAGAAGCUGCAAGAGGAGAUCCAGCUGAAGGAGGAGGCUGAGAACAACCUCGCUGCAUUCAGAGCUGAUGUGGAUGCAGCCACACUAGCACGCAUUGACCUGGAAAGACGUAUCGAGUCCCUGCAGGAGGAGAUCGCCUUCCUCAAGAAGGUGCAUGAAGAGGAAAUCCGGGAGCUGCAGGCACAGCUGCAGGAGCAGCACAUCCAGGUGGAGAUGGACAUUUCCAAGCCUGAUUUGACAGCCGCGCUGCGGGACAUCCGCGCUCAGUAUGAGAGCAUUGCUGCCAAGAACAUCGCCGAGGCCGAGGAGUGGUACAAGUCCAAGGUGUCUGACCUGACGCAGGCGGCCAACAAGAACAACGAUGCGCUAAGGCAGGCCAAGCAGGAGAUGCUGGAGUACCGGCACCAGAUCCAGUCCUACACCUGCGAGAUUGAUGCCCUCAAGGGCACGAACGACUCGCUGAUGCGGCAGAUGCGGGAGAUGGAGGAGCGCUUUGCAGGGGAGGCCGGUGGGUACCAGGACACCAUUGCCCGCCUGGAGGAGGAGAUCCGGCACCUGAAGGAUGAGAUGGCCCGGCACCUGCGUGAGUACCAGGACCUGCUCAAUGUCAAGAUGGCCCUGGACGUGGAGAUCGCCACAUACCGCAAGCUGCUGGAGGGAGAGGAGAACCGGAUCAGCAUCCCCAUGCACCAGACCUUCGCUUCCGCACUCAAUUUCCGAGAGACCAGCCCAGAGCAGCGGGGCUCCGAGGUGCACACCAAAAAGACCGUGAUGAUCAAAACCAUCGAAACCCGCGAUGGGGAGGUGGUGAGUGAGGCGACUCAGCAGCAGCAUGAAGUGCUGUAGAGGAGGCUGCUCCAGCAGCCCACUGGCACCUUCUGUCCCUGCCUCCGUCCCUCCGCCAUGCCCCCCUCCUGCCCCCCACCUCGCCUCUCGGCGCUCCCCCGGCACUGCCUGAGGAGUCUCCCCCAUGCAGCUGCCUCUGGGCCCCCCGCACCCCCUGGGCUCUCUCCUCCGGCUUCAAAAGGCUCGCUCUGCUUUUGCAGCUUCGCAGCAGCAACGCCAGCGUCAGGAUCAGGCCAGGGCCGGGGGGCGGCAGGAGGGAGGGACGGGACGGGUGGCAGGGGCUGGGGGGAGCAGGUGGUGGCCUGGGCCAGCUCCACGGAGAGCCGGACGGUCCCAGCAGCGGGUUCUGGAUCCCCCCAGAGGCCCCUUCCCACCCUGGGCACAGGCUUGGGUUCAUCCCACACGAGUGGGGACCCAUCCCCCUCCACCAGCACCGCCAGCCCUCCUGGAGCUGGCACUUCUCCAGGUGCACGGCAGCGAUGCUGGGGAUGGGGAGAAGCUAGGCACGGUUUGGGCUGAGCCCCCUGUUCUCUGCCCAGCUCAGAGCGAGGGGGCCCAGCCUGCGUGUCCCCCCCAGCCCGGGGGGCUCGGGCCCUUGGCUCCCCCCGGCCCAAGAGGCAGCCCCGUGGGGCAGAGGAGGGCAGUGCCCGCCCCUCCCCGUGGCGGGGACCCCCAGCAGCAGGAGGCUGCACGGGGCCAGGCUCAUGAGCCGAGAGGGUACCCGUAGGUGGACACAGGAGAGAGGAGGAGUGAGUGAAUGGGAGAGAGGGGGGAGAGAAUGAGAGGAGCCGGAGAGAGGCCCGGGGGGCCAGGGCAGGCAUCCCCGACCCUUGCCCCAAUGCACCCCCACCCCACCACGUGUAUGAGACUCUUCAGGCGGCUGAAAUAAACAGCGGAGCAUCA